UGCUGGUGGUCUGCCUCCAGAGCGCUUAAGAGCGAGAGAGAGACAGAGAGUGAGCGAAGGGGAGAGAUGCGCUCCUGUGUGGCACAUUGGUUCAGGCUACCUUUCUGACGACGAAACAGUCAACCUGUGGAUAGCAGCGGGUGGGGUGAGGAUAUUAAACUCGCGAGCUCUACUGUCACUGCUGCGGACACCCCACCCCCCUUCCCUUCCAGCUCAAGCCGCCGAAAUCUAGGAUGCACGGGCUGCCAGCAGCUCCCGUUUAAUUCAUGAAAGGAGAGGGACCGACGCCAAGUCUGGGGGCGCGCGCCGAGCCCGCUUUAUGAAUGGCCCGAACAUGGAGGAAAUUCCGUUUGAAAGAGUCCAGACCCGGAAGGAGGGUCACUGUCCGGCCGCCACCGGUACAACCAUCGCUGCCGUCGCGUGCGAGGACGAGUUCGACAGCAAAGAGCUCGAGACGCUCUUCCAAAACUACAACCUGAAGCUAGAGCAGACGGCAACGCUCAAAGCCCUCGCGGUGCUCAUCGUGGCCGCCUCGUCCCUCGCGCUGAUGGAGCUUCUGUCCGGUCCCCGGCUCACGGUGUCCAAGGGCUCUCACCCGGUGCACAGCGUAGUGUUCGUCUCUCUCUUUAUAGUCACCAACGUCAAGUACCUGCAAGUGACGCAGCUGCAGCAGAUCGCCAAGCUCGCGCUGCUCUUCAGCUUCACCUUCGCGCUCCUCUGCUGCCCGUUCCCCCUCGCGCUUGGCGCCGCCGGCGUGGGGGCUCCCCCCGCACCGGAGCAAGGCGUGUGGCAGCUCAUGCUGGUCACUCUCGUGGCAUACGUGCUGCUCCCGGUGCGGACGCUGCUCGCAGUGCUGUUUGGUAUGAUGGUGGCCGUUUCCCACUUCAUCGUCACGGCGACAUCAGUCACGGCCAGAAAACACAAGCUCUGGAGACCGCUGGUGGCCAAUGCUGUACUAUUCACCAGUGUCAACCUGUCUGGAGUCUUUGUCAGGGUGCUGACUGAGCGUGCUCAAAGGAAGGUCUUCCUGCAGGCUAGGAGCUGCAUAGAGGAAAGGCUACGACUAGAGGAUGAGAAUGAGAAGCAGGAGCGCCUCCUGAUGAGCCUGUUGCCCAGGAACGUUGCCAUGGAGAUGAAGGAGGACUUCCUGAAGCCGCCCGAGAGGAUCUUUCAUAAGAUCUACAUCCAGCGUCAUGACAAUGUCAGGUACGUACGUGAGUGA